GUCAAUAUGCACUAAGAAGAGGAGCACCGUUCGUGCCGAGGUUUAUUCAUUCUCCAUUGAAUAAGCAGUUUAGAUUGCCGGAUGACGACAGCCAGCUCCCUGUCUACCUCUGGUAGAUCAAUAUCUUCUCCCUAUUUCUCAUCUUUCAUCCUUAACCUACACAAACAUCUUUGAACUUUGAGCUUAUUUGACUAGAAACGGGGCUCAAAGUCUCCACUGUCUACCGAACUCCCGGCCCGACUUUGCGGCAUCCCGGCUCCGGACCCCUCCCGACCAGCACCGAUAGUUUCGCCCAUACGGGUCUCUGGUCCUCCACCUUGAAUAUUACCAACAACUGGAGUACCAUGGCAACUCAACUCAUUGCUCUGCCAGCUGUAGAGCGUCUCAGUCCUACAGUCAUCCGCAUUUUGGGCGGCAAUCCAGGCAAAUUCACUCUUCAAGGCACAAACACAUAUCUUCUCGGUACAGGUCGUCGCCGGCUUCUCAUUGACACUGGCGAGGGUCGCAAUGCUUGGAUCUCAUCUAUCCGCGAGACUCUACAGCAGGAGAAUGCGACUAUAGACACCGCGCUCAUCACGCACUGGCAUCAUGAUCAUACAGGUGGUAUCAAGGAUCUCUUGAGCAUCUCACCACAGACUGGAAUCUUCAAGCACACUCCGGAGGAAGGGCAGCAUGAAAUUAGGCACGGGCAGCGCUUCCAAGUCGACGGCGCUACAUUGACAGCAGCGUAUACGCCAGGACAUACAAAGGAUCAUAUGGUGUUCGUUCUCGAGGAAGAAGACGCAAUGUUCACAGCCGACAACGUCCUCGGUCAAGGGACUGCGGUAUUUGAGGACAUGGUCACAUAUCUACGAAGCCUAGAAGAAAUGAAACCUCUGUUCAAAGGCCGAGCAUACCCUGGACAUGGACCGGUCAUUGAGAAUGGACCAGCAAAGAUUGCCGAGUACAUCGCGCAUCGAAAACAACGAGAAGAUCAGGUCAUUCAGACGUUGAAAACGGGACCUGGUGAAGUGGAAACUCAAGAAUCUGCAUUGUGGUCGGCAUGGACAGCGACAGAUCUGGUCGAGGUGAUUUACAAAGAUGUGCCCCAGAAUCUGCACCCAGCAGCUCGUGGUGGUGUUUUGCAGAUACUGGGAAAGCUGGAGAGCGAAGGUCGCGUAGCUCAUGAUGGUGAUGAAUGGAAGCUGCUGGCAGAUGGCCGGGCAUCUCUAUGAGUUCGGGCCACAGUGGAUAAUGGAUGGGCCAUAGUGAGUCAGUGGUGUAUUUCCGAAUUGCCGGAAUAUAGUUGGUAUUCAUCAUUACCCCGAAAGGCCAUUGUGAGGAACCGUGUUUUCUCGGGAAUACGGACUUUUAAACAAGAUGGACUGGGUUAGGUUUGUGGUAUGAUUUGGGCAUGCCAAGAGCUGAGUUUUGUAGCAAGUUUGUAUGGUAAACUAGCGAGAUGAGGCAGGGCCUUCGGCAGCGUCGGAUCAUUCACAUCAUCCAAGUCUUGAUGUGAUAGAUCUUUUAGCGAGCAUCAUGGAUGGGAUUCACUGACUGGUGGGGAUCGCCAACUAGGUUCUGGUUUUGGGAACACACCCCUGUCCACUAACGCAGCCACUCUAUCAAACAAACUAACGGUACUGGCCAUGUUCUCAACAACUGGCAUUGCUGCUGAUGGUGAAUUGUAAGCAGAUCCUCUUGACACUGUAAUGCUACAGCUUCAGUUCGGCCGAUUGCGGAGAAUGGCUAGGAUGCAAUGCAAUGUUGUCACAUCAGAUCCCAAGCUCCCCAUGCAAGUACAGUACAAGAGUUGUCUUUGGUGCAUUGAGACUGCAACAUUAAACCCGUCGUUUAGAGCCUCAGUACUCAAACUGCGGAGUGUUCGGGAGUAAAUUUUGGCGUAUGGCAUACGUACAGACAUGCGUAUGCCUGAGAAACGGAGACAAGUUGACCACGAGUUACCGUUCUUGGCGAGAUCAUUGUAUUCGCUCUUAUUUGCUGGCUCGGGUUGUAACCCAAGAUAGCUGACUCUUUUGGGUGUAAUACACACGAUGGAUGCAAGUCAGCACCAUAGACACGACAACUAAGCGGGCGGUGAGCCAGCACAUCACAUCAUGAACGAUCCGAUAAUUCUGUCCUAGAUUGGAGUAGAAAAUUGUCUGAUCAUGCACCUCUUCAACCGAGUUGUGUGCUGUAAAAGGUAGUAAUUGGUCAGCGGAGGGGAACAUCUAGGGUAAUCUGAUAUCAUGGUGGUACUCCAUAACCGUUCAACUUGAGCAAAUAUUCCUUCUCAUGACCCUUGUAUCUUACGCCCGGCUU